AACCCAUUUCCUGGAGCUAAACAAGUAAUAGAUCCGGUGACGGCAAUGUUGAAGCAAUGUUGGAAAAAGCUCCAAUCUGCAACUUUCUUCGAUCCCAUCAUUUUCUCUGUUAUUCUCAUCUUCUUCUCUGUAUAUUUGUACAAGCUUAUUAGUAAAGGUCCGAAACUCAAUUACCCUCCAUCACCCCCAAAGCUCCCAAUAAUAGGAAAUAUAUACCAGCUUAGCACACAACUCCAUAGAUCUCUACAGGCUCUCUCUGAGAAAUAUGGCCCUCUAAUUCUCCUCCAUUUGGGUAGCUCUCCAACUCUGAUAGUUUCUUCAGCUGAGAUAGCAAAAGAGAUAUUGAAAUCCCAUGACUCUGUUUUCCAAAAUAGGCCUGGACUAAAAGCCGCAGAUGUUCUCUUCUGUGGAUGCAUAGACGUAGCAUUUUGUCCCUAUGGCGAAUACUGGAGACAAGCCAAGAAAAUUUGUGUUCUUGAACUUUUGAGCCUAAAAAGUGUGCAAGGUUUUCAGUUUGUUAGGGAAGAAGAAGUUGCAGACAUGGUUGAAAAGAUCCGCCAUAGAUGUGAAGAUGGAGGUGAAGUUGAUCUUGGUGAGAUGUUUACCGCCAUGUCAAAUAACAUAGCUUCAAGAUCUGCACUUGGAAGAAAAUAUGAAGGAGAACAUGGCGAUGAGAGCUUCGGAGCUCUUUCUAAGAAGGCAAUGGAACUCAUCGGAACAUUCAACUUUCGAGAUUCUAUUCCUUAUCUGAAAUUUAUGGAUGUGCUUACAGGAUUUGAUGCGAAAUUGAAAAAGACUGCAAAAGCAUUCCAUGCUCUGCUUGAUCAAGUAAUAGAUGAACACCAGAAGAGUAACAACUAUGAUCAACAACUAUCUGAUAAGAAAGACCUUGUGGAUAUUCUUCUUCAUCUUCAAAAGGAUGGUGAGCUUGGCGUCAAUCUCACUCGAGAAAGCCUCAUAGCAAUCUUACUGGAUAUGUUCAUUGGUGGAACUGAUACAACAGCAACAACCAUGGAAUGGGCAAUGGCAGAGCUUAUGAAAAACCCAACAAUAAUGAAAAAAGCCCAAGAAGAAGUGAGAAGAGUGGUGGGGAGCAAAACAAAGGUAGAUGAAUGUGAUAUGGAUGAAAUGGAGUAUUUGAAAUGUGUUGUGAAGGAAACCUUGAGACUACAUGCUCCUGUUAUGGUUACCAGAGAAUCUUCAAGUAGUGUUCAUAGUAAAUUACAAGGUUAUGAUAUUCCUCCCAAAACAAAAGUUUUGAUCAAUGCAUGGGCAAUUCAAAGAGACCCCAAGUUAUGGGAAAAUCCUGAAGAGUUUGUACCAGAGAGAUUCAUCGACAACCCGGUUGAUUUUAAAGGCAAUCACGACCAAUUCAUUCCAUUUGGUGCUGGAAGGAGAGGCUGCCCUGGGAUGACAUUUGCUGUUGUGGAGGCUGAAUAUGUUUUGGCCAAUUUACUCUACUGGUUUGAUUGGAAGUUGCCUAAUGGUGUAACCGUGGAGGAUUUCGACAUGUCUGAUGUUUUCGAGCUUGUAAUUCGUAAGAAAAUACCUCUUCGUCUUGUACCAGUACUUCAUUAA